AUGUGUGCCACACAAUGUGUCAUAUUGUAUCAUCGUGUGCCCCCAAGAGUGAGAUUUGAGCAGGCCUGGGCGAACUGCGGUGCCUGCCUUUACCACCUGGGUGAGAAGAUCCUCGACGCAGAUGCAUAUGCUCAAGCUGCUCACGCUCUUCAAGGCUUCCGCACACAGUUGAGUGAUGCAGCUCUCCUCAGCGAUCCUAGUGUUGGUAAAUUCAUCCGGACCCUUGACCGUGAGUUCAGGGAUGGUGCAUGGGACUCGAUUGAGGCGGAUGAGUUGGCCUUGUUCAUGACGCUUGUUCAACACCAUCGCGCGGGAGAGAUAUGCACGCAGCGAUGGCAUGAGCGUUUGCCCAACCACUACUUUACUAUCAUGAAGGUUUUCCGUGAACGCCUCAGCAAGCCAGAACGCCCUUUGCAAGAAAUUUGUCCAGACGACUCACGUAUGGAGCUUUGCUCCGGGAAUUCCGUCGCUCUUCUUGCUGCUCCCGAGCGCCUUUUUGCAAGCAGCGACGCUAAACGUGCUCGUUUGCAUGAACAUGUUCUGGAUGUAUGCGUGGAGUGCAAGCUGAUCACGGCAGUUGCAGAUGAUCCAGAAGAUUUCUGUUUGACAGAAGUUUGUGAACCAAGCCACGAUGAAGUGCAGCCUCAUGGGUGA